UUCUCGCUCAACAAAAAAACACCAAAACACAAAAGUCCUAAAAAAAAAAAAAGUAAAAAAAACACAGUUUUGUUCGCUUCCUUCCGUUAUGUUGCUGUUCCAAACUCUGUAUCUUGACAUCAUAUUCCGUUUCACCACUCCCACUUCCUCAACACCCAAAAUCUUGUGUUUUUUUUUUUACAGUCCCUUCUCGAAUUCUGUUUCUUCUCUCGAUUCUCUAUCUCUGGGUGGGUUUUUGAAAGAAUCUUGAGAAAUGGAGGUAGCUUCUUCGGCUUCAACCUCUGCUUCUUCUAAGGUUCGGUUGGUGCGUUGCCCAAAAUGUGGAAAUCUCCUCCCUGAGCUCCCUGAUUUCUCCGUCUACCAAUGCGGUGGCUGCGGCGCCGUGCUCAGAGCGAAAAAGAAAGGGACUUUGGAGGAUGGAAUGCCAGAGGUUUCUGAUGUUGAGAACAAUAGAGGGGUUUCUAGUAAAGGGGGCAUUGAUAUGGGUUUAGGAAGUGUUUGUGAAACUGAGGUGGGAAGUAGUGGACUGGAAACCAGUAGGAUGAAUAAAGAUGCUUUGUCUAGGAACGAUGAUCCGAUUUCGGUUCUUAAAAGGGUUGAUCAGUGUAGAGGAGAUAAUGGUUGCGAUAGAGGUGACCAUGAGCACAACAAUUCUUCUAAUGGUGAUCGGGUGGAGUUAGGUGUGGCUCAAUGUGGUGAUUCUGGUGUUGGGAAUGAACCCAAAGAGACGAGGCCUUCUAUGGAGUCGUUUAGGUCUGGACCUGUUAUUGACGGUAGGGGUGGGGAGAGGGAGAGGAAAAAGUUCGCAGAAUCAUACGGAGAUGCUAGUAGACAAGCGGCGAGGCAGGUGAGGUUUAUGGAUUUUCCAUUUUCGGAUGAGGGGCCUUCGAAGUAUGGCAUGGGCUCAUAUUAUGCUGCUAAUGAGCGUAGGAAGUACUACGAUGGUUUGGACGGGUUUGCUAGAGUUGCAAAUCUCGAGAAUGAUAGAGCUGAGCUGCUGAGGAAGAUUGAUGAACUGAAGGACCAACUUAGCCGAACUUGUGACGUUGGAGAGAAGCCUAAAGAAAGAAUUGCCACUGAGCAGAGGACGGCCCCGAUUCCAUCCGAUCCUUAUGGUAGGCACAACACAUAUUUGCAAGGGUCAUUCGGUGCAAACAAGCAACCACUUGGGCAAGGUCACCGAGUAGGCUUCCCGUACAUAUACGAUGAUCAAGUAAGCGUUCCAUAUAAUGGUCGACAUGGUUCAAUGAUGCAAGAUUCUUACCCUCCUCCGAUGCACUUUAGGAAUGGAACUCUAGGGUAUGAAAACGCCUUUAUAGAUGAAAUAAUCAGAAAGCCUCCUCAUCGCUCGUAUUCACAUUUAACUCAAAUGUACCAUGAUCAAUAUCCCGGUCCUUCAGAUUUCACUUCAGAUCUCUUUAGGUCACAUCCACAUGAAAGCCAUUUUCACCAUCCCACGUGCUCGUGUUUGCACUGCAUCAACCUAAAACGGGAAGUACCUCCUGCGGCUUUUGGGGGCCGAAGGUCACGGAAUGACCCUUCUAAUCCCAUUUUGUAUCAGCACAAAAAUUCCCUUGCACAGGGGUAUACUUCUGAAGGCUCGAUUCAUCCUAAUACGAAGUGGCUUACCAGAAGUUCAAGUGACUUGAAUCGAGAAAAUUGUGGUCUUGGUCUUCAACGCCAUCCAAGAAAGGUGUUCAUUGCCCACGGUAGUGGGAAGGUUUGUAGGACUAUAGCGGGCGGUGCCCCUUUCAUACUGUGCUACAACUGCUUUGAGCUGCUGAAACUUCCGCAAAAAGUAGGGAAAGACCAGAACAAAAUAAGAUGCGGAGCGUGUUCUUCCAUCAUUCUGCUUGAGCUUAGUAGCAGGGGCAUUGCUUUAUCAGCCCCGACACAAAUUAAACAAGUACUGGUUGAUGAAUCCAUCGACAUGCCAAACAAGCGAUUUCGAAGUUCUAGCGGUUGCAUUAGCCCCUCCUCGGAUGAUUACGGUGACCCUAACUUCAAGUACGAGUUCCCAGACACAAAGGUCGAACCAUUUCUUCCAAGCUGCCCGAAAUCAACCUUUUGUGAAUCUGGGAAAAGGCACGGGGCUCAUUCAUUGUCAUCUAGUUUCUCAGAACACGAGAAGAGCCCUGGGAGUGGUAUUGCUAGAAAAGAGUACUCUUUCUCUGCCGAGUUGCACAUCAAAGACGACGAGUCUCUACUACUCCCAGAUUCACCUCUCCUCCAUCAUAAUUAUCUCUCUUCAGAUGAUGUGGCUGACAGAUGUACUAAGGCAACUAAAACCAAACCUACAGAUCAAAGGAUUAUCGAUGGGUGGACCUCUCGGCAUAAUUCGGUGAAAGAUGCGUGUGUGGCAACUGAGAUAGACAUACCAAUGAGUGAAUUUGUAAAUGGUGGCGUGUCUCAAGAAUCCACCGAGGUAAGCAAGGAGGAAGAUCGACAGAAUAGUAAAAGGGGGAACGAAUCCUUCAUUGUCGGUCUCUUUAAAAGGGGGUUUGGAGAAUUAUCCAAGUCGGGCCAUAAUUCUGAAAACAGGAGAUCAAGUGUGUUUGUAAAUGGGCAACUUAUACCAGGCCGUGUUGUUAGAAAGGCAGAAAAGUUAGCUGGGCCUAUUCAGCCUGGAGAUUAUUGGUAUGACCCCAGAGCGGGCUUUUGGGGUGUGAUGGGCCAUCCUUGCCUAGGAAUCAUUCUGCCAAAUAUUGAAGAGCUGAAUUACCCCAUGCCGAAAAAUUGUGCUGCUGGAAACACUGGGGUGUUUGUGAAUGGGCGCGAGCUUCACGAGAAGGAUUUAGAUCUGCUUGUUAGCCGAGGCCUUCCACUAACCAGAAACAAGUCAUAUCAAAUUGAGAUAUCGGGAAAAGUUGUUGACGAGCAAACUGGUGAAGAGCUAGACGGCCUUGGCAAACUUGCCCCAACAGUUGAAAGAGUAGGGCAUGGAUUUGGCAUGAAAAUCCCCAAAUUACUUGCAGAGGAAUCACAUUAAGUGAAAUCUUUGUUGGGAGAAUCUGUCUGUGAAAGUGAUGAUCUUCACCCUGCAGAUAUGCCAUAUGCAGUUUGGAAAUUAUAGUUGUAUUUUACCAC